AUGAAUCUUCAGAAACAACCACAUCAAUUGCAAUUUGUUUUAGGUGAACAAAUAGCUGAUAUCAAUGUUGAUGAUAUUGCAUUAGAUUCUGAUGAAGAAGCAGCAUCAAAACAAGAAUGGAAAUUUUGGCGUACACAACCGGUAACACCCUUUGGAAUAAAAGUAUCUAAGGGCAAAAAUGGACCUAUAGAAGAAAAUAAAUAUAUUGAACAAUUAAAACAAGAACCAUAUGAAUUACCAGAUGGGUUUUCAUGGAGUGGAAUUAAUGUUUCCCAUGAUGAACAAUUAAAAGAAUUGUAUACAUUCCUAUAUGAAAAUUAUGUAGAAGAUAGUGAUAAUAUGUUUCGUUUUGAUUAUUCAAUGCCAUUUUUACAAUGGGCUUUGUGUUCACCAGGAUGGACUCCAAAAUGGCAUGUAGUUAUACGUCAUACAGAAAGUCGUGAACUAGCAGGAUUUUAUAGUGCUGCACCUAUUAAAAUGAAAGUUUAUGACAAGUAA